AUGAGAAAAAGGCACCUUAAAAUUUAUUUUGUAUUCUAUUCCUUUUUAUUCUAUAAAUUAAACGCAGCACUGUGUAAAAACCCGGGGCCUUCCAGGGAUGAAUUCGGAGAACCGACGGUAAUCGAGUACCUCCAGGCCUUCCUUGAAAUCAGGCCGCACCGAGCGGAUCUCCCAGGAGCUCCGGACGAUUCGUCCCACCAUAGAUCCAUGCAACCCCAAAAGGGUGCCGCAAGUGAAGAUGAUUCCACUCUCUACACCAAUAAAUACAUGAUGAAGUACCCUCGAAACCAGUCUUUUGGACCGAAUUGCGCGUAUAUUCCGGGCUACGAGGUUUCAAGAUCGCGCUCCCUGGACGGCCUCGAUCUCAGCAACGGAAGCGGCCAGUUCAAACGUUGGGGAUCAGAUCGGGACUACAGCCUCCCUGAUCUGAACGAGCUAAUAGAAAUUAACAAGAGUUCCCGAGGAGUUCUCCUGGUCGACUUCUUCGCAACCUGGUUUGUGUCCCUCUGCUCAUCGCUUCUUAGGUGCGGGCCCUGCUCAGUGAUGAACCAGAACUUGGAGGUUGUUCGCUCGCACUACCGAGACGAUAGACUCACGAUCCUCUCCAUUGACGUGGACCGGGACGAGAGAUACCUGAACGAGUAUGAGAUUACAGCACUGCCAUCACUACUGCUGUUCGUGAAGGGGGACUUGUACAAGAAGAUCGUAGGUCUUGUUGACGUCAAGAGUCUAAUCAAGGAAAUUGAUAACUCUCUGGAUUCGAUAUAA